GGGGCUCCCUCCAAAGCCACAUUUUAUUUCUAGUAAUCAUCAUGCUAGGCGUCAGUUUAUGAGAGUUAUUUUGGUAAAUUAUGUGGGUCACUGCCGUGGGGUGUGAACAUUUGAUCUCCGCAUUGCUCCCGAGCCGCCCAACCACGUGGGACGGCCCCGCCUCUUUGACGACGCCCCUCCCGACGCCCCUCCUGGGUCCGAGGAAAACUACCGCGGUCGUCAUCAUCCUCGCCCGCACCACUCCGACGAGGAGGAGGGGUCGGAGGACAGCCCAUCCCGCUCCCCCUUGCCGACUCGCCCGGCCCCGUCCUCGAGCCGUGUGUGUGGGGGGGGGGGGGGCAGGCUGGGCUUGCUGCGCUACCCUCCUCUCCGUCUAUAGUCGCCUCCGUGGGGAGUGAUACCUCCGACGUCAGCCUCAUCGUCGCCCCUGCCUCCUCGCCUCGCUCCCCCGACGCUUUCCCUGCCGUGCCGGUCCUGGGUUUGCAGCCGACCCCCUCCGUCCCGGCCUCCCCUACGGCUGGGGCCCAGGUCAUGGCGUGCCCUUACCUGACCACCCUCUCGACGGCGCCCCAGGCCGACUCGCCCCGCCGCUCCAGCUCGCCCUCCCCGACGCUGGUCCCCGAGGACCCCCCACCACCCCCGGCAGCCGCUCCCACACCGUCUCCGCUGCCGGCGGUAACCGUGGCUCCUCCCGCCUCUGAUCCCAUACCGCCAGCUUCAGCACCAUCCCCCCUGCGCCUCGACUGCACCCAGCCAGCACUACUCCUCGCGGCUGCGGCUGACCCCGACGGGGAGGGUGGGACUCGGGUGACCACCCCGGUGGCUUCCCAGCCCCCUCCCCCACGGUCCGCGGCCUACUCCCGCCGUGGUCGAUCCUCCUCAACCCCGGUGUCGGCCUCGCGAUGGAGUGACCGGCUUGUGGCCGCCCGGCCGGACGGUAGCCCAGCUCUGACCAUCCCCGAGCGGGCGGAGCUCCGUGCCGUUGCCCGGAACCUGGAGCCAGCUUUGGCGGCCGCUUAGCCGCCCUCAGGAUCGCGAUGCCAUCACCGCCUUCAUCGCCGACCUUCGCUCGAUGGCCGUCCGUCUGUCGCCGCCGCCCCCUCCGCCCCCCGAAGCCAGAUUAGACGCCUUGCCUCGGCCGCGUCCUUUUUGUUUCUUUUGGGCUUGUUGAGCUGUGCCCUCAGCAGAAUCUUUGUACUUCUUGUUGUGUGACUUGGGUGUGUGUGUUCUGGACUAGUCCGUGUAUGUGUGCUCUUGGCAGUUUGCUUUAUAUAUAAAGCGGGGCGAAAGCCUUUUUCGGUAAAUAAAAU